AUGGUUUCUCAAUCGGUCAACAAGACCGCUCUCCACCCUGGUGGUGUUGAGCCCUCCCGCGAACACACGGAGCUGGAGGAAGAACUUCACUCAACCGCCCAUAUUGACUACGACCGUGUGGCCAUUGUAGCCAACCCUUCUGUAUCCGCUCUCUACGAGGAUGCUCUCGUCUACGAGACCGGUACCGCCAUCACCUCUUCGGGGGCCCUGACCGCCUACUCAGGCUCCAAGACUGGCCGGUCGCCGCUCGACAAGCGUGUUGUCAAAGAGGAAAGCUCAGAGAAGGACAUAUGGUGGGGACCUGUGAACAAGCCCAUGACACCAGAGGUCUGGAAGAUCAAUCGCGAACGAGCCGUCGACUAUCUCAACACCCGGAACCGCAUCUAUGUGAUCGAUGGGUACGCCGGCUGGGAUGAACGGUACCGCAUCAGCGUCCGAGUUGUCUGCGCCCGUGCCUACCAUGCCCUCUUCAUGCGGAACAUGCUUAUCCGACCCACUCGAGAAGAGCUGAAGAACUUCCAUCCUGACUAUGUCAUCUACAAUGCCGGCUCGUUCCCGGCCAACAGGUACACGGCCGGCAUGACCAGCGCUACUAGCGUUGCCAUCAACUUUGCCGACAAAGAGAUGGUCAUCUUGGGUACGGAAUAUGCGGGCGAGAUGAAGAAGGGUGUCUUCACCGUCCUCUUUUACGAGAUGCCGGUCAAACACAACGUGCUGACGCUCCAUUCGUCGGCCAACGAGGGUGAGGACGGCGAUGUGACGGUCUUCUUUGGCUUGUCGGGCACCGGCAAGACCACUCUUUCAGCCGAUCCCAAGCGCAAGCUGAUCGGUGAUGAUGAACACUGCUGGUCCGACAAGGGUAUCUUCAACAUCGAGGGAGGCUGCUAUGCCAAGUGUAUUGGCCUGUCUGCUGAAAAGGAGCCCGACAUCUUCAAUGCCAUCCGAUUCGGCUCGGUCCUCGAAAACGUCGUCUUCCACCCUGAGACCCGCGAGGUCGACUAUGAUGACGCCACUUUGACGGAGAACACCCGCUGCGCAUAUCCGAUUGAAUACAUCAGCAACGCGAAGAUCCCCUGCUUGAGCAACAACCACCCCAGCAACAUUAUCCUGCUCACCUGUGACGCCCGUGGUGUUCUGCCACCCAUCUCCAAGUUGAACACGGCUCAGACUAUGUUCCAUUUCAUCUCGGGAUACACCUCCAAGAUGGCCGGUACGGAAGACGGCGUCACAGAACCCCAAGCCACCUUCUCUUCCUGCUUCGCUCAGCCGUUCUUGGCGUUGCACCCCAACCGGUACGCCAAGAUGCUUGCGGACAAGAUCUCGCAACACAACUCGAAUGCCUGGCUGCUCAACACCGGCUGGGUUGGUGCCGGAGCGACCACGGGCGGCAAGCGUUGCCCACUGAAAUACACCCGUGCCAUCUUGGAUGCCAUCCACUCUGGGGAACUGGCCAAGGCCGAGUACGAGAACUACGAAGUGUUCAACCUGAGCGUGCCCAAGAGUUGCCCUGGUGUCCCCUCUGAGCUUCUGAACCCCAAGAAGAGCUGGACCGGAUCGGCCGACUUUUCCGAGGAAGUGACCAAGUUGGGCAAGCUGUUCAACGAAAACUUCAAGAAAUACUCGGAUGAAGCCACCGAGGACGUGAUCAAGGCCGGUCCAGUGGUGUAG